AAGAAAUCUCGUUCCCCAUCAGGCUACGCCCCUCCCUCCAAAUACUCCCACCUCCCCGAGCUCCAAGACGUCCUCGCCCCAAACCUGUUCUGCGUCUUCAUCGGUCUGAACCCCGGGAUAACAACCGCCGCAUCGGGACACGCAUACGCGCACCCCUCGAACCUCUUCUGGAAACUCCUUUUCUCCUCCGGCCUCACGUCUCGCCGCCUACAUCCCUCUGAAGACGGCACUUUGCCGGAGAAGUAUGGGCUGGGGAACACGAAUAUCGUCAGCAGGCCGACGAGGAAUGGGAGUGAGCUGAGUAAAGGGGAGAUGGAUGGCAGCGUGCAGGUUCUGGAAGAGAAGAUCGGGAAGUGGAAGCCGGAGGCUGUUUGUGUCGUGGGAAAGAGUAUUUGGGAGAGUAUAUGGCGGAAGCAGAAGGGAAGGGCGAUGAGGAAGGAGGAGUUCCGGUAUGGGUGGCAGGAGGACGAAGAGCGGCUGGGGAGGUGUGGAGAGUGGGAGGGCGCGAGGGUUUUUGUGGCGUGUACGACGAGUGGGCUUGCUGCUACGCUUUCGGUGGCGGAGAAGGAGAGGAUUUGGAGGGAGUUGGGGGUUUGGGUUGAGAAGAGGAGGGAGGAGAGGGGC